UCUUGAUUCCAUAACUCGCCCAUACUCACCCCAUAUAAUACAUUGUAACCUCUAUAUCGCUAUUCGCAAUACUAUGCUUUCGAGCUACGGGGCCGUGUUCUACACACCACAUACACUGCGGGCUGAUGUUUACUAGUACGUGUAGGGAGUACCAGCCAAGUUAUGUGACCUAGAUGUAAUCACUGGGGAACUGUACUCAUGUUUUGGUAUUUUUGUUAUUCCAGAUGCGAGGUGUUUGACUGGUGAGAAGAGCUAAGAGAUACACAAGCAGUACCUGGUGAGCUAUUUCUGCCGGACACCUGCCGAAAUGGACGCUAAAAAAGAUAUCCGUGGAUCCGGACAUAAGAAGAAUGGAGUAUUGCUGCUUGCCGUAAAACCACGUGAUACAGAUGACGUCACACCUCGUGAUAUUAAGACCCUGCAGAAUGGGACGCCACUCCUGAAAAUUCGACAUAAGAAGACGUACCGCCGCUUCUUCUAUGUGGCCAGAGACAUGAAACACAUUUGCUACAGAGGGUCGAGAAAGUUUGGACAUUCUACUGUACAUAUGUGUAAACUAAACGACAUUGACGACAUUAGGGAAGGCAAGCUGACAGAUGCACUGCAGAAACUGAAGCCAAAACCAAGGGACGAGUUUUGUUUCUCGUUAAUUCGCGGGAAGAAGUCAUACGAUUUUAUAGCGAGAAAUAGCGAUGAACGAAACGCUUGGGUCACAGGACUUCGCAAACUUCUUAAACAGAAGAUGCCAAUACACAAAGACUAUGAUAAUAUACGGAAGGCGUAUCCUUUAACUUCAUCAGUCUGUCAGAUCUAAACGUAAACAAAACCGAUAUAUGUAUGGGCCUGUCUGUUUUGAUUACAACAUCACUUUAUUUGAUUAAUUUAUCAUGUAAUCUGUUGAUUUAAUUGUACUGA